GAGAGAGUGUCACUCACUGCGCUCCACCACUGCACACACAGUACUGUACUCCAGGCUCUCGGAGAGAAAACAUAUACAGGCUAUAGGCUACUGUAGUGACAACGUGCGCUGUAGGCGAAGGAAAAAGAGGGUAGAGCGCGAUCCGGAGUUAAUAGUGGGACAAAGCUGUGUUCUCCACGCACGAAGUAAAUAAAACCGUGCGAGUACACUUAGGGGCAUUUCUCUGUCAAGAGAAUUAGAAAAAAAAGGGAAUAAGUCAAAAUAAUUCAGCUGUGAUUUAGAGGAGUAAAGUUAUGUUUGGGAUGAUCAAGAAUUCGCUGUUCGGAAACACGGAGGAGAUGCAGUACAAGCUCCUGAGCAGCGAAACGCGGGAAGGAAUCAAUUACGAGGUGCGGAGGUACGAAGCCUCACGGUACGCCUCUGUGAGCACUGAGGGGCGGAGCUUUGACCAAGUAGUGAGCGAGUCUGUGAGGAGGCUCCUCAUGUACACAGGAGGGAGCAACGAUAGAGGAGAAGCAAUGGGGAUGACAGCCCCAAUUACCAUAACCGUUUUUCCCAAAGACGAUGGCGGGUUUUUGCGCCGUUUUGUUGUCGGCCUCUGCCUUCCAUCCCGAUACCAGAACUCUCCCCCAGCUCCUACAGACACCGCCAUCAAGAUAGAGGAUCGACCCGGCAUGACCGUCUAUGCACUGCAGUUUGGGGGGUUUGCUGGUGAAUACGAGUACCGCAUUGAAGCAUCUCGUCUGACUCGAAUUUUGGGUGAGACGGCCCCCUAUCAGCGCAAACAGUACUUCUGCUGUAGCUAUGACCCCCCCAUAAAACCCUACGGCAGACGUAAUGAGGUAUGGUUUAUGCAGGAUGAGCCUUAAACAAGAAAGAAGUUUGGUUCAGAAAGGGCUUGUGAGAUUCUGGACCCAUACACUGUUGCUGGCUUGAAAAAUGGCAAUUUGAAUUGACAGAAGGUUGAAAUUCAUCAUUUUGGGGCAGUAAGAGUUAAAUAAAUAGUUUUAACAUUUGACUGACAAUUUAGUGUUCAGCCAUUUAGACUACAGAUUGUCACUGGCUAUAUAACAGUAAACAUAAAAUUAGUACACUAGUUGCACAAACUUAAAGGUAAUAUACAGCAAACCAAAGCACAUGCUGAACUGAAUUACUAAAAAAGAAAUGAAUAUAGUAUAUUCAGAAUACAAAUCAAAAGUAUUUGAAGAAAAUACUGUUUAGAAAUAAAGCAAAAUGAGGGGAAAAUAAGGUUGCACAUGAGAAAUGGGGAAUUCUGAAAGUUUAACCACAAUGUGAAGUGCAUUAGGCUGAGACUAUAAUUU